UUGUGUUUGAAUCGUGUUUGCUGUAAGGAUGUCAUUUUCAAGCGUCGGAGAACGCCGCGUAGUUCUACAGCAAUAUAAAUUCCGAUCGCACCAAAUAGUCUGCAUCAUCAAGGUAUUGCCUGAUACAGUCAGCUUCUUCGACAAGCAACCGGCAAAUGACUUCAGCUGGAUGACAGCCGGUCGGUGGGCGAGACUCGAGAACGGAUUAUGGAAACUGUUUGCCGGCUUCAGUGAUUUCCAAGAGGAUGUACGCCAACUGAAAACCCAAAUUAUGAUAGAUCACAUUCAAGUGUCGGUCAGUGCGGCAGAGGAGUUGCUGCCGGCGGCACAGAAACUAUUGCAAGACGGGAAAGCAUCGUCCCAGAAUGAAAUAGUCCUGGAGAUUAUUCUUAAAUAUAUGUCAUACGAGGACACAAUAAACCCAAUUAGCCCGAAACCGACAAAGCGCAAGCACGACGACAAGGUUAAGAAACUCCAACUGGAUAAAAUCAGCGAUAAAAUCAAAUCCAAGUCUAUUAAUUCUAAAAAGAUGCCAAAAUCAGGGAACAGUGAACCCGAAAGCAGCACUGGCGCUAAAAAGAAGUCAGCAUCAGCAAAGAGUGAUGCCGAAAAAAUUCCUUUGCGCAAGGACGAUGAACAAUCAAACCGAAAACAUUCGGGAACAACAAUGAUUAGCAAAAAACGUGAGCGGCGAUCCAUCUCACAAGAUAGUCAGCUGGCCAAAGAUUCUUCGAACAGGGAACAAUUGUCACGCAAUCGUUCCGUCAAGCGUUCAAAGAGUCCCUCAUCAUGUCGUCCAGCCCGUUCCUUGGUGAGGCCCGGUCGUUACGAUGAAUUCGAUAUGGGGGAUAAACCGGUGCGCAAGGCAAAAUCAAAGAAUACUGAAAGUAACUCGGAUUCCAGCUCUGAUAAACCAAAUGCCAAUGGAAUUGAAAGUAUAAGUCUAAAAACUCUCAAAAAUCUGAACGACAUGCUUGACACGCCCAAGCCGCGUGAAGUGAAUAUCCUUCUGCUUAAGGAUAUGAACGAGGCAGAUGUCCUGGACACGUUCGAAUCCUAUCGUGUGGACUUUGAUCGUUUAUUCAAGGAGCGUGAGCGCAAGUUCCAAACCACAAGCUACAAGGGAAUCACUCACUGCGAUGUUAUGGAUAUUCUAAGCACACAAAUUCGUAAUAGCAUGAUUCAAAAAUUGAGCGAUUUAUAUAGCAAAGCAGGCCCACAUGGAACUCUUGUCAUCAACGGGCUUUUGCCGCUUUGGAUAAUCCGUCUGUUUAUGGACAGAUAUAAGUUCACACAGGAUGAGGCAGUGCGCCAAAUUAUAGAUCAACUUGAAUACCACACCUACCUGAAAGCCGUAAACAACGAGCCGCUCAGCUUGGAUUUGAAAGACUGAUCGCUGGCCACAACAAAUUCCAUUUAUUCUUUUACAAUUUCUUUUAUUUGGAAUCUGUGUGUACACGUAUUAUAUAUAUAUAUGUAUAUCGCAAUUAUUUAAUUAAAAUUCAAUUUCAUAUUUAUUUGAACAAACGGA